GAUUACGAAUAUUAAUCUAGAAGAAGAAAUAACUCCUUAAAGUAUCAGAUUAAUCAUAUAAAUAAUCAAAUUGCAUUUUUCACAUUAAGUUGAUUUUUCAAACAGUAAUUUAAUCAAGAAAACUAAAAUAUAACAAAAAGUUAAUAAGAAAGAAAUGGAUAUCGAAAAUAUUAAAAAAGAAAUUGAUGUCUACGAUGAUUUCCUAUCAAAUAUCGAUGUAAAACAAAAAUUUAUUGGCGAAGUGUUUACGCUAAAAAAUCAAAAUAUGAAUAGAAAAAUUGAUCAACCAGUCUUACAUGGGGUAACUGCUAACUUAUUGUUAGAUACGGUUAAAAUAUUUGAUAAUGUGGAUGCAGCUAAUAAAACAAAAAAGAGUAUUAGUAAAAGCCAUAAAAAGCGAACCAAAUCAAAAGGAUUGCUAGGAAACAGAAAAUAUACUAAAUCAAAUACCAUUGCUGGGAUUAUGAUAUGUGUAUAUUGUGGGAAUUUAUACACGAAUCGAGUGGAAUUUUUAUGUCACAUUUCAACAAAUCAUUGUAUAAAACAAAAUAAAACUAAAUUUCACCAUAAAAAUGAAAGUGAUAAUAGUAUUUUUGAUAUAAAAGAUGAAAUUGGAAUAGUUGAGGAUGAAUUGAAAGUGGAAGAAACCACGGAUGUUACAGAUAAUUUAAACUCACGUGUACAUGAGGUUUCCAAAUCAUUUGAAGAAGAAAUUAAUACAAAUAAACAUUCGCAUAUUAACACAGGAGAGAAGCAAUUUAAAUGUGAUAUUUGUUUGAAAUCAUUUUUUCAUAAAAGUAGAUUAAAUGUACAUAUUCGUUAUCACACAGGAGAAAAACCAUUCAAAUGUGAUAUUUGUUUACAAACAUUUUCACAAAAAUAUUAUUUAAAAUCGCAUUCUCGUAGACACACAGGGGAAAAGCCUUUCAAAUGUAAUGUUUGUUUAAAAGCAUUUUCACAGAAAAGCGGUUUAAUUGCACAUUCACGCAUUCACACAGGGGAAAAACCAUUCAAAUGUGGCUUUUGUAUAAAAUCAUUUCAGUACAAAAACAAUUUAAACAAUCAUUUGUCUGUGCACACUGGAGAAAAGCCUUUCAAAUGCGACAUUUGUUUGAAAACUUUUUUACAGAAAAGUAGUUUGAAGAAACAUUUACGUAUUCACACAGGAGAAAAGCCGUUCAAAUGUGACAUUUGCUUCAACACCUUCACGCGGAAAACCAGUUUAAUUGCACAUUCACGUAUUCACACAGGGGAAAAACCAUACAAAUGUGACAUUUGUAUGAAAUCUUUUACGCAAAAAGGUCAUUUAAAUUCACAUUCACUAAGUCACACAAGAGAAAAAUUAUUCAAAUGUAAUAUUUGCUUGAAAUCGUUUGUAUAUAAAUGUAGUUUGAAUAAACAUUUGCUUAAAACUCACAAAAUAAAAACUAUGUGAUUGAACUUGUUGAAAGAGAAAGUAUAUUAAAACAAACAUCCAUGUGGGCAGUUAUCAUUGAUUGUCCGGUCGUAAAUGUUUAGUUUUUAUUUAGGAACUGAAUACCAUCUUCAAGUAACGUUUUCAAAAUAUCGAAUGUAUAAAUUUAAAAGACUUUAUAGGCGUGAAAUCAUAUGACGGAGAGAUAUGUAAUUGCAAUAAAAGUGUACCAGAAUAAGAAUUGCAAAAUACUUCAGAGGGGCUCAAAAACACUUCUCAAUGAUUCAGAUUAAUAGUAAAUAUUUAACAUAAGGAAAAUAACACACUGCAAUGCAAUUAGCUCGUUUUAUUGAAGUUGAAUUUUUACUUUAUAAUGUAAUAAAUGAUUAUUUGACAAAAAAA